CGCUAGGUUAAUUAUCAUGUAUUCUGGCAUCAGUUGAAAAUGGUGAACUUGUAAGGUUGAUGCCGUGACUCAUUGGGGGUGGUUUGCGUUUGCGGAGCAUACCGACCGCCAAAUCCCGAGUCUCCUUGGGCGAGCCUGGCACACUCAGUCCUUAGUCUCCCAUCAUAGUCAGACCAUGGAUACAGUCGUUCCUUUGUACCACUAGGUAAGCUGAUAGGUGUAGACUAUGUAUCCAGGUGCAAGUGCGGAUGUCUCAGGUUAGUGAUUAUGAUUCUGACUAGGGGGCAGUUUACUGGCAGUCCAUUCAAUUAUAAUCAUGACGUCGCUGGUAUGUCUCAGUUUAAUGCCUUGCAUAUUGGUCGCAGUAUAUAAUCUCGCAUUCUGAUUCCGAAUCGUUCUAUAACUUGAUUUACAACUCCAUCUUGCAUAUUCAUUCAACUUCUCUUUAUCCAUGGCUUUCGAAAUGCAUCAAGUCCUCACUUCUAGCAGGCUCCAGAAUUCCGACUUCACUCCCUUACAUUCUGCCCACGAGUCUAGCGUCUCCGGCGCCGAGGUCAUGUCUUCCUUCUCCACCGUCACUCAGGACAUCUCACCCAACACCUCCCGUUUUUCUGCAUACUCCAGCGAUUCCUCUACCCAGAAACUUAAGCGCAGGCGUGCUAGGCGAGGACGCUUUUCCAAAGGGAAGGCGUCUAUAAUUCUGCUCGAAGAUGCUAGCGCAUACGACCCCUUGACUCUGAAUGCUCUUGCCAGCCUUUCCUCCAACUGGCUUAACCUGUCCUUCCCGGACCGCACUCCUACCUACACGGACUACUUCGUGAAUUACUGGCGGCAUGCACUAGCAAAAGAACAGGACAUUCUAGUGGAUCAUUUUACUGCUGUCAUGGCAGCUGUCCAUGAUGAUUUACCGGCUGCCUCGAUCAUCCGCUCGACUCAGCCUACGCCCGUGCAAUGCAACGAGGAGUCCUCCAAAUGUAUUCGAUACGAAAAUGAUCUAUUUGCAGUCACCUGUCCCUGGGACGAUGAUGGGCAAUCUCACCUAGACGACUGGGUUGCAUGGGACGAAUGGCGUCGGGAAGAUGAUGAAAUCCAUAUCCCAACAGGCGAUCGUCAUAACUAUGGAGCUAUUGGCCAGCCACUAAUAUAUCCGCUGCGCAAUAUGGGCACCCAUUUCCAGAUCGUAGCACCAAAGCCGGUUCGCGCAUGGAACAACAUAACCUGGCUGGGCAAUCCACGCGUCAUCCCUGAACCAGUAACCCAUCACUAUAUGGAGAUGGUUGUGGACGCUGCAGCCGUCUAUGCAACUUCACAAGCUCCUUUCACGGAGAGAACCGCCAUCUAUUCCUCUACUUCCACGGCUUACCAUGCGCACGCGGAGUCGACCGUCAUCUACAACUCUGCCAGUGCAUCUCCCUCAUCCUACCUGUCCGUUCUUGCUGCCUCUAUUCCACCUGCUGGCAGGUGUAUUCCUCCUCAGCAUGUCAACGAUCCCCAUCUUAACAUUCAUGGAUCAAAGGCAAUUCGUCACGAAAGACAACAUUCGAGAGAUCAUAAACUGUUCCAGUUUUUACGUAUGUCUUAUGAUCAAAAAGUUGCUGAGGUUGAAAAAUUGGUUAGAUGGAUGAGAUCUCAUUCGCGGCGGGCAUGACUCGAAGAUAGAUGCAUGAUAUUUGUUUGUAUAUUAAGUAUGUGUUGUAAUGAUCAAGGAC